CCGGCGCGCUCACCGGCGUGAUACCGGGCCAAUGCCGGACCGGAGGAUAGCCAUUCCUUAACGAACAUUCUGUAACAGUGAAUUCUGGGAUCUGGCGCCAAGAAAGCUGUCGGCUGCUACCUAGAGCUACGACAUACAUGUCAUUGACAAUGUAUGCCGUCGUAGUUUUUGUGGAGACGGAUGAAGUAGAGCUUGUUGCUUCCAACUGGUUACAGUCUCAGACAAAAACUUUUUGGCCACCGUAUCGCAAUAUGUCUAACGUAACUAAAGCUGUAAAAGACAGAGUAGCAGCUGACAAAACUUGGCCAAGUUACAGCAUUCGCAUCCUGUCUGCUUGUGAUAGCUAUGAGGAUGGCAGAAGAAAGCUUCGAAUGGCCGAGGAAACCUCAGACAUACAAACAGAUGAUGAAGUUGGAAUGGGGAAGGGUGCAAGAAGGCGCAAAGAGCGAACACUAUACAGCGACACAGACGAUGAUGGUGAUGAUGAAGCUGUUGCCGGACCAGUUAAACGCAAACAUCUCCCCCCAGCCCCGCCAGUCCCACCUUUUCCAAGCCUCCAUGUUCCUGCUGGUAUACAACUGGACAAUCGACAAGCCACAGACAGAGAAAUACUAAAGGCUAUCAGUGCUGUCCAGGUAUCUUUGGAUGAAGUCCGCAAAGAGGUUUUGUCCCAAAGACAGCUGCUGAACAUGAUGAUCAGCAAAGAGGCAUCAAGUGGCACCAUAGAUGUGAUGGAUACCUUUCCAAUAAAGUCCAUGGAAGAGCUGGAUGGAAUGGAAAACAAAAUUGAAGAUAAAGAAAUUGCUAAAUCACUGGUCAAUCAACUCAGCCUCAUCGGGGGUUCUAAUCUUAAGGAGGCGACCAGACGGGUGAUGUCUCAAACCAUAUCCCAUAAUGUUGCUCUGAACCUUAAUUGGGCAGGGAGGAAGGGCUGGAAAGGUCAGCAGACUGAACCGAAGAGAGCAUUUGGUGGUCUGCGCCUAUGCGCUGCAAUGAAAAGUAAGCAUUUUACUGAGCAUUUGUUUUUGAUAUUAAUGUAUCCUGGACAAAGUUUAUGUGCCUGCAUUUUGGUCCUUGGCAAUUUGCUUCCCAUCUAUCGCAUUGGUGAUUGGUGGGUUAAAUAUUAUAGUUUUUCAUUCUCUCUUUUUUUUUCAUGACCUAAUUGGAGUUGAAGAAUGUUCAUUUUGUCUGUUUUACCUCAGUCUUGUAUUUUGAGGGGAAGAAAACUAAAGAACCACAAGUAUCCUAGCUAAAAGGGCUUUCGUUCCUCAUUCUAUAGUUGGUUGUACUUUUGGUAGCAUGGUAAACUGCUAAUUAUGCUAAUUACUGGGAGCUGCCAACAUUGAACUGAACUAUGUUCUGUCGUGGAAUAAGUUAAAAAAAUUCUUUAUGUACUAUCCCCUUCAAAUAUUGUUGUUGCUUUUUGUUACAUUUAAUAGAGAUGGGAGAUCGUAACAGUGC